AUGACAAUGAAGCUGCUUUUGAUAGCCGUUGAACUUGUAUGCUUACUGUCUGGGAUUUUCUCCUUUGGAUCUGAGACACUGUCUGAGCUUUCUUUCUUAGAAAGCGAUGUCGUCCCAACUAGGCCUUCCUCCUCCUCUUCAUCUCAACCUCAACCUCUCAUGGUCGACCUCACUCUCAUUCAAGGAGCUGAUUCUAAAGGAGCUGUCUGUUUGGAUGGCACAUUGCCUGGUUACCAUUUGGAUCGUGGAUUUGGAUCUGGUGCAGAUAGUUGGCUUGUUCAUUUAGAGGGGGGAGGAUGGUGUAAUACCAUCAGAAAUUGUGUCUAUAGAAAAAAAACUCGUCGUGGUUCCUCAAAAUACAUGGAAAAUCAAAUACCAUUCACGGGAAUAUUGAGCAACAAACCGGAAGAAAACCCUGAUUUCUUUAAUUGGAACAGAGUUAAGUUACGGUAUUGUGAUGGGGCGUCUUUCAGUGGAGAUAGUGAAGAUGAGUCUGCACAGCUUCAAUUUCGAGGACAAAAAAUAUGGCUAGCUGCAAUGGAAGAAUUAAUGUCAAAAGGAAUGCAGAAAGCCAACCAGGCUUUUCUCUCUGGAUGCUCUGCGGGUGGCCUGGCAUCCAUUAUACAUUGUGAUGAGUUCCGGAGCUUGUUUCCAGAAUCUUCCAAAGUGAAAUGUUUGAGUGAUGCAGGUUUUUUUCUUGAUGCAACUGAUGUAUCUGGGGGACGCACACUGAGGAAUCUGUUCGGAGGUGUGGUUCAGUUACAGGAGGUACAAAAGAAUCUUCCAAAAAGUUGUCUCAGCCAACUAGACCCAACUUCGUGCUUCUUUCCUCAGAAUGUGAUCGAACAUAUUGAGACCCCAUUGUUUCUACUCAACACAGCUUAUGAUGUGUGGCAGGUCCAAGCCAGUUUAGCCCCACCUUCUGCUGACCGCCUUGGCUCUUGGAAUGAAUGCAAAUCCAACCAUGCAAAUUGUAGCUCAUCUCAAAUUCAGUUCCUCCAAGACUUCAGAAAUCAAAUGCUGAGUGACAUUAAAGACUUCUCAAAGUCAUCUCAAACUGGACUAUUCAUAAAUUCUUGUUUUGCUCAUUGUCAGUCUGAGAGACAGGAGACGUGGUUUGCUGAUGACUCUCCCCUUAUUGAGGACAAGCCAAUUGCAGUUGCUGUUGGAGACUGGUAUUUUGAUCGAGAAGUUGUCAAAGCCAUUGACUGUGCUUACCCGUGUGACAACAGCUGCCAUAAUCUGGUGUUUAACUUUAAGUGA